CUGAUGCACGCUACAAGGCGCAGUGCUCAAGUGUUGCGUUACAUUGAUUGUCUUCGAUGUGGGACUUAUCAUUCAAUAUGACUCCCUCCGGUUUUGGUAUUCAGUUCCAUGAUAUGUACCCGAAGAAAGAAUCAACUUCCAUGGUGUAAGCAGCCGGGAAGUAACAACCAUCCACACAUUUCCAAAAGCACACAAAACCCUCCUGAUCACCAUUCUCCCUGUCUUUCUGCUUUGUCCGCUGAUUAGAAUGAAAGUAACGUAAGGUAAACAGUUUUUUCAACUAGUCCUGACGUGUUUCCGUUUGUCUUGUUGGGGGGAUUUGCGUUCUGGUGUUGAUAAUAAUAACACUGAAGUGGGAUAAGUAGCUAACUUUAGUAUUUAUUCUCAGUUUUAGACUAACUGAUUUUCUUAUGCCUUUAUAUAUUCUGUCACAGGAAUCUAUUGCAAAGAAAAUGAAAUCUCCAAUAGAAAUUCCUUAUGUUCAUUCAAAGCGUGACCAAUUAGAUCAGAGAGCAAUUUAUGGCUUUAUCAUAUAUCUCGCAUGUUUUCCUGCAUUUCUAUUGUAUGUAAUCUGGGCAUAUAUACCUCAUGAAUGGUUGAAUUCUAUUGGAAUAACUUACUUACCUAACAAGCACUGGGCAAUCACUGCACCAAUGUCAGCGUUGGUUAUAUCUAUAAUCGGACUUCUCGCCUAUUCAUGGAAUAAUCGAUCGCUUAUGCAACCACUGACAUCCAUUUAUCAGAUUCGAGAUAAACAUUCAAUGUGUCGUGUAAAUGACAUGGUGGAUAAACAAGACUUGAAGCAAUUGGAUGUGAUCCAGUCAACAACUAGUUACACACGGGAAGAGCCAAUAAUUCCUCAAUUACAUGAUUUAGAUUAUAGAUUAGUUACAAAUGAAUUAUACCUUAAACAGCAUAGUAAUUAUUUUACUCACUAAGUAGGAUAUUAAUAAUAAUACUAACCUGAGUUUUUAAAAAUUAUUUAUGACAUGUGAAUAUAUCCUUCUAAUUUUAUUUUUCUAUGUUUUUUUGAACAUUUAUACUACUGUAUACUACUAUUAAGUAGUACGAUAAAUUGUAUCAAAUUUAUUUACUCGCUUUAUUGAAAUUGUGCGUCAAGUAUAGACGGUCAUAGUUGAAAUUUGGUUUUAUCUAUUUUACUUUAAAUAAAAGUUGUGAAACUUU